GACGGCUGUGUUUUGGCUGUUUAAUGAGGACAGUGAAACUCAUUUACCUUUAAUGAUAGAGAGUCGCAUAUUUGCAUUGUCCUUGGCGUUCAUUCAUGUUCAGUUGGUGAGCGCUGUUCAGGGCCUUGCGGAGGCUCUUAGGUUGGUCAGCGUGGGUCAGGAAGCUAUGGUCACCGCGAUGGACGUCCGUCUGUCCGUGGUGUUGGUGUUGGGGUGUGUGGGGGUGACGUGGGCAACGGUGUGGAUGAAGGUGUCGGAGGAAGGGGUUAACACAAUCAGCAAACAAGUGGUGGAGACGUAUCCUCAGCGUGUAUUUGACCUCUCUGACCUCAUCCAAAACUCUUCACAGCUUCAGAUAUAUGGCGUUGAAGUCCAUUCCCCAGGAGGUGUGACGUCACGUGUGGAGGUGUCAAAGGUCAGCAACGGAGGCUUCAACGCAGAGUGGACGGUGCAGUCUCUGGUGAUUGACGUGAGGGGACAGGCCUCUGUGGGGGUAUUAAAGUUUCGGAUUGACUCGCGGAUCCUCCUGAAAGAUUCUACCCUGUUCCUCAAGUACAUCAUAGACAAAGAUACACUGUUGAGAGCAACAUCGUGUGGCUUCAGUUUCAUCAUCGACCGCAUCAUCCUCAGUGAUCAACGUCUGCAGUCUUUCGUGGGAGUGCUUCAGCAGCAAUUCGCUAGGAUGCCGACUGCAGCGAUAUGCAGCGGAAUAACGCGACUUCACUCAAGAAACCCUCUGUUCAUGUUUGGGGUGAAAGAAAAGUCUGGAAUUGAGAUGACACUAGAAAGCAUCAUGGUUCCGUAUGCCCUGGAGAUGAGGAACAGUCAUCUGUACAUAGGAUAUAAGGCUCCCUCGCAUCUGGCAUCACGUCUGAACUUGUUACCGGAAGCUGGUGAUGGCACGAGUUCGAUGCUAACAGUCUUCUACCCAUAUGACUUCCUGCUUGACGUUAUUGGUAACGUGGUUGGCGAUGUCCUGCAAACGAGGUUUAUUGAAAUAAGCAACUUCCGGUUCAACAUUCGGAAUCUGGGAUCCUAUUUCGAAGAGGCAGGGUCCAUCCUACAGGGAGAAACCGGCUACGCGGGUGCCUUCACGAUCGAUGGCCCAACAGGCCCCAUGAGACUGGAGAAAGAUGGCAUAUUCAGAUCUGUCGCAGCAACGAUGAAUUACACAGUCACGUCUACCUGUGGUGACCACGUCCUCUUCUCCCUGAAAGUGGAGCUGGAUAUGUCAAUCAAAGUGGCCUUUAACGACAGACUGUUUUACCUGGGAGUGGCAGAUUUCAGAUCAUCGGUAACUGUGACCAACUCGAAGAUCGGCAAGCCAAAGGAUGAGCUGAAUGUGGCGGACAUCCUUGGCAUCGGGAAAAAUGGUUACAUCGUCCAAGAGCUCGAUGGGAAACUGAGAUCCAUAGACUUGUCCUUCUUCCUGGCAAACACGGGCGUUCUCAGCAAUACGGAGUUCAGCGUCGCAGAGGACUACCUUCUUUUGCGGAGUAAUUUGUCAACACAACAGACGACUUCCGGUUGGAGGCAAUUUGGGACUAUGUUGAAAGGCGAGGACUUCCGAGCCGAACAUGAUGAGAGCUUUGUUGAAACGAUUGCCAUUGAGCCGUGUAAAAUCGUGCAAUCAGCGGAAAGCGGCUCUGGCGAUCUCUAUUUGUCUUUAAGAACAAUGUUUACUCUAACCAUUUCAGCGAUCUUCUUCUUUGUAGUUAGUGUGUAAGCAGGUCCGCUGUUAUUUUGAGUGAGUGCCCUCUUUGGAAAUACAUUCUCCUUUUAUGUA